AUUCACCGCCAUCUGUCAAAAUAUGAGCACGUGAAAAAUACAACAAUUUUUGUCUCUAUAAAUUUUAUAUUUAAAAAAAAAAGUUAAAAAUGAAUAAUUCAAGUUAUUUUGGUAAAUAUUCCCUUUCUGAAGCGACUAUAAAUAAAUUGACAAACUAUGAAGACUUAUUAAAGCCAACUUAUCAAUCUAGUGACUCUGCUUGGCAUAGGUUAUUUAAUUCAGAGGAAACCGAAGAAGAAAUAGAAAAAAAAGAUGAAUCUAUGGAAAUUGAUGAAGUCGACGAAGACGAGUCAGCUGAUGAGUCCAUGCUUCCGUCAUCGCAAUUUUUCUUUACACAAGUCCAGCGAAAGAAACCCGCGACACCUGUUGCUCUUGAGAUCAAGGGAGCUGAUCUGUAUAAUCUCGUGGAAAUUUUAUUUGAGGCCCUAGAGCAAAGCAAGAAAUUAAAUAUCGAGUUCUUGAAAGAUUUGACGGACUCAGAAGUUUUGACAGUGAUUGAAAAAUUGGCUGAAAGGUUGAACUUGAAUAAUACUCAUGAUCUGUGUAAUUCUUUGUGUGACAUGAAAGGAGAUUGUGCUGUGCAAUAUAUUAAACCUAUUUGUUCUAAAUUAUUACUCCAAAAGAUUAUUGAUUUAGAAGAACCUGCGAGAAUUAUCACCCUUGCAGUGAAUAAAUUGAUGAAUAAGUUCCCUCAGGAUGUUCAGAAGUUGAUAUUCAUUCCUUUGGUAAAUGCUGAUUUGAAAGACACUUCAGUAGUAUGUGAUAUUAUAAAAAAUUACCCACGACAGCAGAAAGCUGAACUUAUCUCGGAUUUUCUAACAAGCAUUCAAGAGAUAAAAGUCUGGCACAUGUCAAUGAUUCCCGCGCUGAUAAACAUUAAAAUAGACAAUAAUUUAAAAGACCGAUUGAUUCAGCUGCUACUAGACAAGUCGACGACUUUCUCUAAGGACAAAAAUUACAGUAAAUUUAUUUUGUCGUUCAUAAAAUUAAACCCACCGUUUAGCGGAGAACAAAAGAGUUCCCUGGACGAGAUAGUGGCUAUCAACGAAACUAUAUUUAAAAAAGCGAUGGAGAGUAUUUUGAAUAAAAUGUACUUCCACCGUGAUUUCUGGCAUAUCAAUGCAGCUAAUUGACAA